CCCCCUAGACGAGGGCAACCACACCCACCUUCUGUUUCAGACUCGACAAAUCCCGUACGAACGGCUGGUGGAAGAUCGUUCGGCGGCCAGCUUACACGACUACACGCGGAAGCGCCUGCUUUUAUCCCAGCUUCGGUGUCGCCAGGACGCCCUUCGAGUCCUCCUCAAACGCCGACAUCGAAACCUCACAAUCUUCGCACCAAGAAACCACCGACCCGCCCACCGCCUCAACAACAGCAGCGGCCCAGAAAACCAUCAGUCUCCCGCUCUACAGCGCCGGAUAUUGCCACCCGAAUACACGAAGACAUACUGCAUAAUCUCUACGAAUGUGCGAUUUGUACCAAUGAGGUCGGUCGCAACUCAAAGAUUUGGUCAUGUCGGACAUGCUGGACGGUCUUCCAUAUUGGUUGCAUAAAGAGGUGGUCGAAGAACGAAGGCUCGGCUGUGCAGCGACCUGCGACGCAAGACGACAACGAGACACCAGUGGGAAAACAAUGGAGGUGUCCGGGUUGCAAUCUGCCCAAGGAUACCGCUCCU